CCAAGCAAAAUAUGGCAGACGGGCAGUGAAGGCAUGAAGAAGCAGUGGAAGAAGCAGGUGCAGACAUGGACAGAUUUGAAUCCGGGAUGGGAGUAUGGCUUCCUCAGCGACGAUGGAAGCUCCCAAUAUGUGGAUGAGCACUUCAGCGAACACACCACCAUUCACAAUUUCUGGCGGGAGCUCAACGUCACCAUUUUACGAGCGGAUCUGAUCCGAUACCUUGCCAUGCUUGCGGAUGGAGGUGUUUACAGCGACAUGGACACAAGUUGUCUCCAACCGAUCAGUGACUGGAUUCCGCCCGACUUUUCCGAAGCAGACAUCGGCGUUGUCGCAGGAAUUGAGUACGAUGAUGACACGUAUCCCAUGUUUGCUCGACCCAUCAGUAUCUGCCAGUGGACGUUGAUGGCAAGACCUGGACAUGCUGUUUUUGAGAAGGUCGUUGCGAGAGUAAUCUAUCACCUGGAGUACCUGGCCCGGAUCAAGCAUGUCCAGCUGAGCGAGCUGACGUUGAACAAGAAAGAGGUCUUGGACGCUACAGGCCCUGGCGCCUUCACCGAUAGUAUCAUGGAGGUGAUCAGCGAGUAUGAACAGAGAAAAGUUUCGUGGAAAGAGCUGUCGCAGUUGAAGCAAGCCAGGCUGUUUGGCGACGUGCUGAUUCUCCCGAUCAAUGCCUUUGCAGGAAAUCAGAAGCACAGUCAUAGUGGCAAGCCAGAGUUCGGACCAAAGCUGGUAACGCACCACUUUGGACGGUCUUGG